AUGGCUUCAACCAACACUGAAGAUAUCGAAUCGCAAAAGAUGCAAUUCAUAGACAUUCGCUGCCAAGAUGUGGACAAUUGUUCAUUUGAUGCUUGGUAUCCACAUUUCAAAUCGCACACAUUCAAGUCAAAGAUCCUCCCUCUGAGCCAGGCGUUUGUGGAUUAUUUAAACGCUGAGGGCAUUUAUCUGCCAGAAGAUGGUCAACCUAUAGCCGCUAGCAUCGAGGAAAUCGACUCUGACGAAGAAAUCACCGAGUUUCCCAAUGCUCAUGAUGACAACAAGAUACCACACUUUCCUGAAGUCGAAAAAGAAAUCAGAGAAGCUAUAUACGAAUUUGAAGGAGCUGUGUUCCCCAAACUGAAUUGGACGUCGCCCAGAGAUGCAGCCUGGAUCUCAGCUACGCAAUCAUUGAAAUGCACAUCGCCAUUCGACGUAUUUCUGCUACUCAAGUCAUCAGACUUUAUCAACCAUGACUUGAACCAUGCCUAUGAGCAUUGCAUAGAUAUCCAAGAUAGAGACGAUCAAAAGACCCAGUUCAACCUAGUGCUAAGAAAGUGGUACGACUUGCAGCCCUCCAUGGAAUUCAGAUGCUUUGUAAAGAACAAGGAAAUCAUUGGCAUCACUCAAAGGGACAUGAACUUUUACCCUUUCUUACUGGAGAUACAGCAGGAUAUCGAGCAAUCCAUUUACGAAUUUUUUGAGGAUGUUGUUCGUGAGGGCUUUGAAAGCACACACUAUGUCUUUGAUGUAUAUAUCCAGCGUAGCAAUAGUAAGGUGUACCUUGUCGAUUUCAACCCUUUCAGUCCAACCACCGAUGCUCUGCUAUACAGUUGGAAUGAGCUAAUGUCAUUUGAUGUGGAUAAAGAUCAGCCUCAUAUUAGACUUGUCGAAUCACAAGCAGAAGCCAAUUCACUGGCAUGUAACGCACCCAAAUUUGCCACCAACAUGAUUCCUAAAGACGUGAUUGACCUGUCGUCUGGCAAAUCCAUUGCAGAAUUCGCAGAAGAGUUUGAGAGAGCAAUGAAAAAGACAGAGAACGGGGAAUAUAGCGAUACGGACAGCAGCGAUGAUGAGGAAUAG